AAAAUCCAAUAUCAUCCCUAAUCUUUCUUUCAAGUCAGAAGGAGAGGCUCUUCUCUUUCCCCACUUUCGAGUUUCUACACAUUUCGGCCAGAGCCAGGGCCUCUCGCUGCGAUGCCCUAACCCCCUCUCUUCGAUCCUCCUCCUCCAUCAUCGGCCCUACCCAUCCCCGCCGUCUUCCAUCGCCUCCGGCUGCGGCAUGCUCUUCUCUCGCUACGCCUCCGCUCCCCAGCCCUCGAACCGCGACCCCUGAUUCGUAGCCUCUCGGUUGACAUCCCCCGAGCCGCCGGUGUCUGAGCUGGCGGCGGCGGCGGCGGCGGCUUCGUCGUUUUCUUCGAACCCUAGGGAGGUUUUUCUAUUAUAGAUGGAGCAAGCGGUCUUGGACGACAUCAUCAACCGGCUGCUGGAGGUUCGCACUCGGCCCGGGAAGCAAGUCCAGCUGUCGGAAGCGGAGAUCCGCCAGCUUUGCUUGGCCUCGAAGGACAUCUUCAUGCAGCAGCCUAAUCUGCUUGAUCUCGAGGCGCCGAUUAAGAUAUGCGGGGACAUUCAUGGACAAUAUUCGGACCUUCUGAGACUCUUUGAGUAUGGGGGAUUGCCUCCUCGUGCUAAUUACUUGUUUUUGGGGGACUAUGUGGAUAGAGGCAAGCAAAGUCUGGAGACAAUAUGUCUACUCCUUGCAUAUAAGAUUAAAUACCCCGAAAACUUUUUCCUCUUGAGAGGAAACCAUGAAUGUGCUUCUAUAAAUCGGAUAUAUGGAUUUUAUGAUGAGUGUAAGAGAAGGUUCAAUGUGAGGUUGUGGAAGAUUUUCACAGACUGCUUUAAUUGUCUGCCUGUGGCAGCCUUGAUAGAUGAGAAGAUUCUGUGCAUGCAUGGCGGUCUUUCACCCGACUUACACGAUUUAGACCAAAUUAGGAACUUGCAGCGUCCCACGGAUGUACCAGAUACUGGUUUGCUCUGUGAUCUUCUCUGGUCAGAUCCUAGCAAGGAUAUACAGGGCUGGGGAAUGAAUGACCGAGGAGUUUCAUUUACCUUUGGGGCAGACAAGGUGACAGAGUUUCUUCAGAAGCAUGACCUGGAUCUUAUCUGCCGUGCUCAUCAGGUUGUGGAGGAUGGCUAUGAAUUCUUUGCUGACCGGCAACUAGUAACUAUAUUUUCGGCACCUAACUACUGUGGGGAGUUUGACAAUGCUGGUGCCAUGAUGAGUGUUGAUGAGACACUGAUGUGCUCUUUUCAAAUACUAAAGCCUGCUGAUAAGAAGCCAAAAUUUAACUCUGGAGGCAUGACGAUGACUCCUGUUAAGCCUUUGAGUUCUCCCUCAGGAGCCAAUGCUUUUGGGAGCACGACAACAGCAAAGCCUGGAAAUCCUCCAACUGGCGUUAAGGAAGCUCAAGAAUGGAAUAGUACUGCAAGUCUGCUGAGUGCUUACCCAAAGGUGAGCAAAAGAAAGCCUUUCCUCGGUGCAAAAGUAUGAUAAGUAGGUAGGUUGGUGGAGAGGCAUUGAAAGACCUGUAAACGCAGAGCAUGCCAGGCUUGCACACGGAGGAAGAUCGAGAUCCUUUUAUUUUUGUCCAAUAUAUGCUGCAUUGUAAAGAAGUGGGAGGGGAAAAGAUAUUGUUUUCCUUGAUAUAAAGCUGGGUUCGAAUUUUAGAAGGCGGUAACUCCUUUCGCCUCCUCUUUGUGCACUAAUAGCUGCCUCAGUUGGUCGUAAUUAUUAGAGUUCCGCUUCAAUAUCUUCGUCAUCUGUGAAUUGAGGCUGUGAAGAAUGUGAUUUUGUGUCUUUAACCUCCCUUGAAGAACCUGCUUGGACUUCUCUUCCAUCAUUUGACAGUGUUGUUUCGGUUUCUUUCCCAAUUGAGCUUUAAUUUUGUUUCCA